ACUCUACCCCCAUCAAGAGCAAACAAGUAGGCUACAGUAAUUCCAAAGUGCAUGAUGAUGGGUAACUUGAUAUUUUGGAAAAGAGCUUGCAAAGGUCAAGAUUGGUCUGCAGGUGUGCACGUAUACUUAUCAAACAGAGUGAAACCUGUUAAACCAGCUUAACUUUAUGCCAUGACUUUAACGGGGUCUUUUCCUGACUAUCCUUACUUUAUUAUUGUUUUAGUUGCAUUUAAGAUCAUUAAUAAUUUUUAUUAUUUGUUUGUGUGUGAGAGAAAACUGUCUAAUAACUGGGAUAAAAAGAGGAUGUGUAAAGCAUUAUUGUUAUCAGUGCAUAUGACGCAAUGACAUAUACACGUUAUCAUACUGUAGGUAUCAUGUUCGAGUGUAUCAUCAAAUAAGAGUCAUCGCCUUCUUUAAACACUGAUACUGACAGUCCUCGGAAUCCAUGAAUACAGUUACACAUUGGUUCCCCAUGACUUUUUUUGUGCAAAUCAUUACACACACACACACACACACACACACACACAAAAAAAGAGGCAUAAUUCAUUUUUUUGUGAGACAUAUAGGAUAGCCUAUAUAUUUUAAAAAACUAUUAUCUAAUGCAGCAUGAAAAUGCAAUUUACAUAACUGCCCAUUAAGCGCUCACAUAACGUGUCGCCAGCUUUCAUAAUCCACCCGCUUCGGGGCGUUUGCUGCACGUGGGGUCUUCAUCAUAUAACUGUUCAUAUAGCGAAGGUGAGUUGUGUAAGUUCAAAAUCAGCAAGACAUCACGGUUUUGGAGAGGGAGAAUCUUUCAUAAGUUUUCCUCGCAAGCUCCUCCUUGAUUCCUGCUGAUGCACCUCAUGACAUUAUAUAUCGGCGCUUCAAAUAUGGAGAGCUCUGAGGAACCUUUAACAGUUAAUACACCUGAAAUUCAGCAGUCAGCUGUUCCCUGUCACCCGUCCUUGGAGAACUCGACGAUGGAAAACUUCAACAAACAGAAGGAAACCGUAUUCAGCCUGGUGCAGGUGAAGGGGACGUGGAAACGCAAAGCAAGGAAAAAUGUGAAGCAAGGAAUGAAAGGACGAGUUUCAGCUGCUAAAAUUUACGAAAGCACCUCCUCUAGUGGCACCACCUGGACAGUGGUCACCCCCAUCACCUUCACAUAUACAGUUACUCAGACCAAAAACCUUCUUGACCCCAGCAAUGACACUCUGCUUUUGGGCCACAUCAGAGACACUGAGCAGCUUGAGGCCGUACGGUCCAGCACCAAGCCCUUAAAACGCUUCAUAGUCAUGGAUGAGGUAGUGUACAAUCUCUAUGGUUCCCAGGUCACCGACUACCUCGAGGCCAGACGCGUCCUGUACCGGAUCCUGCCCCUGCCCACAACGGAGGAGAACAAGUCCAUGGAAAUGGCUUUGAAGAUCCUGGAGGAAGUCCACCAGUUUGGUAUCGACCGGCGCACGGAGCCCAUCAUUGCCAUCGGAGGUGGGGUCUGCUUGGAUAUCGUGGGUCUCGCAGCAUCCCUCUACAGAAGGCGCACUCCAUACAUCCGUGUUCCCACCACCCUUUUGUCCUAUAUCGAUGCUAGUGUCGGAGCAAAGACCGGCGUGAAUUUUGCAAACUGCAAAAAUAAGCUAGGCGCCUACAUCCCACCCGUUGCUGCAUUCUUGGACAGGUCGUUUAUACAGACAAUUCCUCGUAGACACAUAUCUAAUGGUCUUGCAGAAAUGCUGAAGAUGGCUCUCAUGAAGCACAGAGGGCUGUUUGAACUUCUGGAAACGCAGGGACAGUUCCUGUUAGACUCCAAGUUUCAGUCCGCUAUGGUUCUAGAAGACGAUCACAUUGACCCUGCCUCUGUUUCCACCCGUGUCGCUAUAGAAACCAUGUUGGAAGAAUUAGCUCCAAACCUGUGGGAGGAUGAUCUUGACAGACUGGUUGACUUCGGUCACCUGAUCAGCCCGGAACUAGAGAUGAAAGUCCUACCAGCUCUACUCCAUGGUGAAGCAGUGAAUAUUGAUAUGGCGUACAUGGUGUAUGUGGCGCGUGAGAUGGGGUUGCUCACAGAGGAGGAGAAGUUCAGGAUCAUCUGCUGCAUGCUGGGACUGGAGUUGCCGGUUUGGCAUCAAGACUGCACUUUUGCUUUGGUGCAGAAAUCUCUAUGUGACAGAUUACAGCAUUCUGGAGGGCUCGUGAGAAUGCCUUUACCAACAGGCCUCGGAAGAGCAGAAAUCUUCAACGACACUAAUGAAGGCGCUCUGUUCCGAGCGUAUGAGAAGUGGUGCGAUGAGCUCAGCACUGGUUCACUUCGAUGAGACCUCAGCUCACAGAUGACCUGACACCAAUGUUUACAUAUGGGGAGCCUCUUAGUUUUAACAAUUUAUACAUAUGUAUUAUUCUAUGACAGCUUUGAUUUCCUUUUUAUUUUGUAUACAUCAUGUGCAUUUAAGUGUUUUACAUUUAAAACAAUUGCUAUUCAUUACUGUAAAUGCCAUUUUUGUAAAUGGCUGUGAAUAGAAGGCUGACUUGUUAUGUGAAGAUCUUUCGUUAGUUGUGUUAAAGGGUUUCUUUCCCAUCAUUUCAUAUUAAAUAAAGGGACAUUUUGGUUAAUCAUGAAAUCAUGUAUUAAAACUAUAAAAAAAAGUCUGCCUAAUGUGUUUGAUGUAAUGCAUGCAAGUUUAUAAUAAACAAUGCACUUAUUAACAACAAGACUGUUUUUAAGAGAAAGAUAUGAUUAGAUUAUGUUUGAGAGCAACAGUAGCUUCAGUUUUGUGGUGAACGACAUCAUAAAUACCACAUAUGUGUGUGGAAAACAUGACACAAUUGGUUUGGUAUUCAGUGAAUGUAUCUUUCUCUUGAUUUUUAUGUCUUUAUAAGCCUUAAAAAUAAAAACA